AAAGCAUGCCACUUAUAAUUUUCUCCUAAUUUCCUCUGGAUUGAUUCAUUAUCAUUAUUCUUCUCUCUCUUUCUACACUUUCCAUCUUCAAUUUCUGUACAAACUUAUGAGAAUCAGCCUCCCAACUAGGACGUUCUUCAGACUCUUUCCAAUCGAUCGUUUGUAAAUUUGGGGAAGGUUCGUGGUGUAUUGAAGUGGGUUUUGUAUAGAUAGAUAUUCGAUCAGAGGUCCGCAAGUGGUAGAUUUUAAGAGUUGAGCUAUAAGAAGUUCUAAGUUUGUGUUUGGUGAUCUCUUUGAUGGAGAAAUUAUGCUGCUUUAACAUUGCAUGGGUGCCGUUUUCGAUGAAUUGAGAGGUUAGUGUGUAGGAGUGCAUUCCUCAUAUAGCUCCGGCAAGGGAAGAAGCCAUGAGGGUGAAAUCAGGUAUGGUUUCAGCAUAGUGAAAGGGAAGGCUAAUCAUCCCGUGGAGGAUUACCAUGUUGCUACAUUCAUACAGAUGGAAGAGCAUGAGCUUGGGCUGUUUGCUAUAUUUGAUGGCCAUUUGGGGGAUAGUGUUCCUGCCUACCUACAAAAGUACCUGUUUUCCAACAUCUUAAAAGAGGAAGAGUUUUGGACUGACCCAAGUAGAUCUAUCUCAAAUGCAUAUGAGAAGACCGACCAAGCAAUUCUUUCACAGAGCUCCAACUUGGGAAGAGGGGGGUCUACUGCUGUUACUGCAAUUCUGAUAAAUGGACAGAGACUGUUGGUAGCAAAUGUCGGAGAUUCACGAGCAGUUCUUUCAAGAGGGAGUCAGGCAAUACAGAUGACUACAGACCAUGAGCCUAACACUGAACGAGGCAGCAUCGAGAAUAAAGGAGGUUUUGUCUCAAACGUGCCAGGUGAUGUUCCUAGAGUGAAUGGACAGUUGGCUGUUUCUCGUGCUUUUGGAGAUAAAAGCCUUAAAUCACAUUUGCGGUCGGACCCCGAUAUUCAAGACACCAUUAUCGAUUUCAACACUGAUGUUCUUAUCCUUGCAAGCGAUGGUCUUUGGAAGGUAAUGGAGAAUCAGGAGGCAGUUGAUAUUGCAAGAAGAAUGAGAGACCCCCGGAAAGCGGCCAAGCAAUUAAUUACCGAAGCAUUAGAGAGAGACAGUGAAGAUGAUAUAUCUUGCAUUGUUGUUAGAUUUAGGGGAUAAGAGCUUUUAAACCAUAUUGGUUUUCAGCUGCAAACUAUUUUUGAAGUAAGUGUUUCUUUAUACAAGAUUCAAAUCUAUGGAUAAAUCUAACAGCAAAAGACAUACCCAAUUGGGUUGAAUGAACCUCGCAAGUUUUUGGCCCAACUACGAAAUUGCCAGAAAACACAGAAAGGAGAGAAUGGAAAGCAUCCCCCUGUAUAUUUUAAUUUCUCCAUUAGGUUUGAUGUUAAACAAUGUGAUGUAUAUCAUCUGCUAAAUCGUGCACACGAUGAAAAGCUAUGUAGAUGGAAAACAUGAGUUCAAUUAUAAAUAAGGGACUUCUUUUUGUGAUACAGUUAUGAUAAA